CGCAAACGUAACAUUUGACAAAUUCUGCGUGAACUGGCAGGUAUGCAUUUUAUUUAUGGAAGACCGAACGGAAACGGUCUUUUGGCUAAACGCUUGUAUGUCCAAAAAUAUCCAAAUCGCAGCACCUUCUCACCGAGAGAUAAGAGACACAGGUUCAUUUCAACCCAGAAACCAAGACCGUGACCGUAAUUUGACGGUACGUAUACUUGAUGUUGAGGAACGCAUUUUUGCACAUGUAGAGGAAAAUCCGGGGAUAUCUGUAACACAGCCGACUUUACUCAAGCCGCGAAAUAACAGUUAGCAACGUCGCACCAGGUGGGAGAUUCGGAUCCGUUUUGGUGGAUCCGUUUACGCUUUGAAAGCGCGGCUCUGCCGAGAUAGACGUUCAAUUUUGCUUUUGCUUUAUUAACAAAUGAGAAUAUUUUAUUUAUGUGAUUAAUUUAUUGUUUCAAAUAUGUAUAGGCGCCGUUAAUAAUAAUAUAAAUGCAUUAUUAGACUUUUGCCCCUAUAGUCUAGUCUUUUAGUUAUAUAAAUUUCAUCAAUUAAUAAAUUAACAACUUUCUCAGUCGGUGAUAGAGAAGUGGAUACAAUGUUUAAAUAAGUAGUGGCGUCGUUAGUUUUAUUUAAGUCAGAAUUUGGUAACACAUCAAAGCUAGAAGAAAGAUACUGUAGGUAUCUCUUGGUGGGUAGAUUAAAAUAAUAUCUAAGCAAUUCAUAUGCGCAAGGAGAUAUAAUAUAUAACAUAAAAGACAUUUUGGUUAAUGAAGUCAUGAAACUUCUCUAGAGAUGAAAAGUAUGGUUUAUUAAGCUCACAAUAAUCAGAAGACUUAUACCUAGUUAAUAGAUUUUCGAGUUGAGACCACCUACUUAAUUUCAAUCCGAAAGGUAAAAUCCAUUUUAGGUCAUUUUGGGACAACUCAUUGUUUUUUAAAAAGACUUAUUUAAAAAUCAUGUAGGUCGCUAUCUAUUGAUAUUUGAUUAAUAAUAUUUAUACAAGCAUUAUUUAAGCUUAAAAUAUAGAAUUAUAGUUUUAUAUCCCCACAAUUUUUACAUUCCACAGUCAGAUAUUAGAAUUUUUUGGGAAUAAUUACUCAUAAGAUCUUAAAAAUUUGUUAUGAAAUCAGUUGCUCUGAGGCUUCAUUCCCAAGUUCUUUAUGUUUUUGUUGUUCAGUAUUUCUUUUGUCUGGACUUUUUCUAGAAAUAGGUACUGUUUUUGUUAAAUAUGCAGGUAAAUUUGGAAAAAUUUGAGGCACUGUGAGCAAACUAAUCUUGCUUUAACUUUAAUCUUAGUGAGUGUGCCAUCAGGUAAAAGAUAAUCUUGUCUCCCCUGCUCUUAAACUACUUUUGAAAUUAUUUUUUACACCCAGGAACACAGCAAGGACUUGGCGUGUUUUAAAAGGCAAAAAAUUAUUUAAUGAAUUCUUAUAUAUAAAUAAAGCUAAUAGAUUUACCUAUACUUACUAAUACUAUGGGUAUUCCUUACCAGAUUUCCUCCAAAUAUCGCUCAACGGCGGCAAUAAUGGCACAUCUCAAAAAUAGCCAAAAUCGGACUAAACACUAUAUUAAAACUUAAAAUUAAUAUUCUUUAUUUUGUCAAGACCGGCAUAAAAUUAGUAUUUUAGUUUUCCGCCAGAUAGCAGAAGGGUCACUAAAGCAUCAUCUUAAAUCAUGCCUCCUAGCCACGGCAACAGUGGCACAAUCCGCACAAUCACAAUAUUAGUAUUCCAUAAACCUUGCUAGGGAAUCUAUCGCUGUUAGCGGGCAAUAGUGACACUUUUCUUGUUGUGCCAGUAUCGUGCAAAAUUAUUAAUUUUAUUUUAUAUUUGUGUUAAUGCGAUAGUGACACACUUUGAAUUGUACCAGUAUAGAGCAAACAUAUUUGUGUUUUUUUUUUUUUAAAUUAAACAAGUAAAUAAUUCUGUUGGUUUUGUAUUUUGUUUCGUCUCUGCUAAAACAAUAGUGUUUAAUAUGAGCAAUUUGGAAGGCACCCGAGGCAAGAAAAUGUUAUCACUAGUAGGAGUCAGGUUGGAGAAAGGUAGUGACAAUGGAGGCGAUUCUCAAUGGAAAGUGUGUAAUGCAAGUUCAGCUGUGAAUUCCGAUAUUGACUAUGAGAUUUAUGACUUUGAAACUUCAGAUAAUAACACCUUAGAGCAGCCCUCGGAGCAGCCGAUGAUCAUAGAUUACUUCAAAAAUGAACAGAUAGUACAAAAGAUUGAGGUAUCGUCAUCAACAGAAAAAAUACUGUAUGAAGAACCGGAGCCGGAAAUAUCUAAUACAGUUUUCACAGACCUCACUAACUUAAAUUCUGAAGGUUUAGGUUUUUUACCCGAUGGCGAUGAACACCUGCAGAAUAGGGAAGUAUUAGAGAUCCUCUCACAGUCCAGUUAUACUUCUGAUCCUAAAGAAUCAUCGGACUGUUCACUUAAGGAUCCGGAUUAUAGGGAUGAUUCUUCCUCUACGUCUUCUAGCUCUUCCUCAUCUUCUAACUCAUCGUCAUCAGAAGAUUCAUCAUCUUCUGGCUCAUCAAAAGAAGAUGUUGAUGAUCCAGAUCAAGCCGUUGCCGAAGUAGAAAUAAAAAAGACCAGAAAAAGGAAAGCGAAACCAACUGAAUGGAAAAAAGCGUGUGCUAAGCAGUUAAGAAAUAGCGGUCAGUCAUAUAAAACCUUUGGUAAAGGAAUAGAGGUACCAAGGAGGCAAAUAAAGCCAGCUUGUAAUGACACAUGCUCCCACAAAUGCAGCAGCAAUUUUAACGAGGAAAAAAGAAUGACAAUAUUUAAUGCCUAUUGGGAAAUAAAAGAUAUAUAUAUAUAUCAACCCUUAUACAAGAGAUUAAUCCUAAAUAUAGGUAUACCCAUGGUGGUAAUGGGUAUACCUAUAUUUAGGAUUAGGUGGUAAUAAGGACGACCAACCACGCAUUUUAUUUUCUUAAAGACGAUACUAAAAUAAAAGUAUGCAAGCAGUUUUUUAUAGCUACUCUGGGCAUUACUAGCCGCUGCAUACGUACGGUAAAGACUAAAAUAAAGAACGGUACUUUAGGAGACGAUAAUAGAGGAAACAUGCUAAUCAUAAAGGGGUUUCUGCAGAGAUUAAAAAUAGUGUGCGCUCCCAUAUUUCUUCUAUACCCACUAUAGAGAGCCACUAUACCCGAGCCCAUUCUGAAAAGGUUUACAUUGAAGAGAGCAAAACCAUAGCUCAACUUUAUCGGGAUGACAAAUUAGAUUGUGAAGGUAAGGGAAAACUAUGCUAAUCUUACUAUGUAUAGGCAUAUUUUCAAUUACGAAUUUAAUAUUGCCUUUUUUUCUCCUAAAAAGGAUCAAUGUCAGACAUGUGUUUCCUUCCAAAACUCCAGUUAGGAUGAGAAAAAAGCCUUAGAAGUAGAUUAUACUCGUCACAUUGAUGAAAAAAAUUUAAGUAGAGAGGAGAAAACCAAGGACAAAGGCAAAAUUUCUUCAUUAUUUCAAGUGGCUUGUUAUGAUUUACAGGCUUCCCUUCCAACACCAAACGGACAAGAAUCAUCGUUUUAUUAUAGAUCGAAACUAUCUAUAUACUUAUAAUUUUACGGUAUGUGAUAUAACAAAAAAAAGGACAAGGAUCCGUUAAUUGUUAUAUGUGGCAUGAGGCUGAGGG